UAAACUUGUCACAAAAAGUUGGCAACUGAAACAUCAAUCGGUGAUCCGAAAUGAAAUUUAAUAAUGUAAAAACGACGCGAGGACUACAAAGACAACAGUUCCCCCUUCAUUCGUCUAGUCAACACCGUUUUGCAAUACCUCCCCCAUAUCUGCAUUGGUGUCUUCCCUCCGGUCACUCCUAGCUCCCCCAUCCGUUGCAGCAUGGUUGGCGCCGAGAUGCUUGUGGCCGCGGCGGUGAGCCAGGUCGCCCGGAAGAUCAACGGCAUCGUCGGCGUCGCGCAGGGCGAGGUGAAGCUGUGCUGCAAUUUCAGCGACGAUUUGGAGGGCAUCAAGGAUACCUUGGUGUACCUGGAAACCCUUCUGAAAAACGCCGAGAACAACUCCUUCGGAAGCGACAGGGCCAACCUGCGACACUGGCUCGGCCAGAUCAAGUCCCUGGCUUACGACAUCGAAGAUAUCGUUGAUGGGUACUACUCUUCCAAGGAGCAGUUCGAUGGGGGCAGCUAUGCUCAGAAGGGGUCAUUAUUCUGCUCACUAUCGAAUCCAAUGCUUCUGAAAGGUAGCAUGGUUUAUAAGAUGAAGUCCAAGAGGGAGAUGUUACAGCAAAGGCAACAAUUGCCCAAUCAGUAUCAUUUCCUUUCACAUAUCAACUCAGCAGUGAAUUUUGAGGAGAAGCAAACAACAUCAUACAGAAAUACUGACAUUGCAAUUGUUGGGAGGGAUGCAGACUUAGAUAAUCUCAUGGACAUUUUAAUGGAAAACAGCGCUGAAGAGCUUUCCAUUAUAUCCAUAGUUGGGCCUGUAGGUUUUGGGAAGACAAGCCUAGCACAGUUCGUUUUCAAUAAUACAGGAACAGAGGUAUUCAGCUUUAGGAUAUGGGUUCAUGUUUCCAUGGGUAAUAUCAACCUUGAAAAAAUUGGAAGAGAUAUAGUUUCACAAACUACAGAAAAAAUUGAGGGAAAUAUGCAGCUGCAGUCAAUCAAGAAUGCUGUUCAGCGUGUGCUAAAUAAAUAUAGUUGCUUGAUCAUAUUAGAUAGCCUUUGGGGAAAGGAUGAAGAAGUGAAUGAAUUGAAGCAGAUGUUGCUUACUGGUAGACAUACAGAAAGCAAGAUCAUAGUGACCACUCAUAGCAAUAAAGUAGCUAAGCUGAUUUCCACCGUUCCACUGUACAAGCUGGCAGCUUUAUCUGAGGAUGAUUGUUUAAAAAUAUUCUCUCAAAGGGCAAUGACAGGUCCGGGUGACCCGUUGUUCAGGGAAUAUGGAGAAGAAAUCGUUAGAAGGUGUGAAGGCACACCCUUGGUAGCCAAUUUUCUCGGUUCUGUGGUGAAUGCUCAACGACAAAGGCGUGAGAUUUGGCAAGCUGCAAAGGAUGAAGAAAUGUGGAAGAUAGAGGAAGAUUAUCCCCAAGACAAAAUUUCACCACUAUUUCCAUCAUUCAAGAUAAUAUAUUAUAAUAUGCCCCAUGAGCUAAGAUUAUGCUUUGUAUAUUGUUCAAUCUUCCCUAAAGGAACUGUUAUAGAAAAGAAGAAACUUAUUCAGCAAUGGAUUGCACUUGACAUGAUUGAAUCCAAACAUGGAACCUUGCCACUUGAUGUAACUGCGGAGAAAUAUAUUGAUGAACUUAAAGCAAUCUAUUUCCUUCAAGUUUUAGAGAGGUCUCAGAAUGAUGCAGAAAGAUCUGGUGCUUCUGAGGAAAUGCUUCACAUGCAUAACUUGGCGCAUGAUCUUGCUAGAUCAGUUGCUGGUGAAGAUAUCCUUGUUAUUUUAGAUGCUGAGAAUGAGCGCAAUGCCAGAUAUUGUGAUUACCGUUAUGCACAGGUGUCUGCUUCUAGUUUAGAGUCAAUCGAUCGCAAGGCAUGGCCUUCCAAGGCAAGGUCACUAAUUUUCAAGAAUAGUGGUGCAGACUUUGAGCAUGUCAGUGAAGUUCUUUCAGUGAACAAAUACUUGCGUGUUUUGGAUCUCAGUGGAUGCUGUGUUCAAGAUAUUCCAUCUCCUAUCUUUCAGCUGAAACAACUGAGAUACCUCGACGUUUCAUCUUUAUCUAUUACAGCACUCCCUCUGCAAAUUAGUAGCUUUCAUAAGUUACAAAUGUUGGAUCUUUCAGAAACUGAACUUACAGAGUUGCCACCCUUUAUAAGCAACUUAAAAGGGCUGAAUUAUUUGAAUCUCCAAGGUUGCCAGAAACUUCAACGAUUGAAUAGCCUUCAUUUGUUGCAUGAUCUACAUUACCUAAACUUGUCAUGCUGCCCUGAAGUUACUAGUUUUCCUGAAUCUCUUGAAAAUCUGACCAAACUCCGUUUCUUGAAUCUUUCUGGAUGUUCUAAGCUUUCAGCAUUACCUAUCAGAUUUUUGGAAUCAUUUGCUAGCCUCUGUUCUUUGGUAGAUCUUAACUUAAGUGGUUUUGAAUUCCAAAUGUUGCCCGACUUUUUUGGCAACAUAUAUUCACUUCAGUAUUUAAAUCUGUCAAAAUGUUUGAAACUUGAGGUAUUACCACAAUCAUUUGGCCAACUUGCAUAUCUGAAAAGCCUAAACCUUUCAUAUUGUUCUGAUCUUAAACUGCUGGAAUCCUUUGAAUGCCUUACCUCUCUUCGGUUUUUGAAUCUCUCGAACUGCUCUAGGCUUGAAUAUUUGCCAUCGUGCUUUGACAAGCUUAAUAAUUUAGAGUCUCUGAAUUUGUCACAAUGUCUUGGACUUAAAGCACUACCUGAAUCACUUCAAAACCUUAAAAAUCUUCAGCUUGAUGUUUCUGGGUGUCAGGAUUGUAUAGUACAAUCCUUUUCUCUAAGUACCAGAAGUUCCCAGUCCUGCCAACGGUCGGAGAAAGCUGAGCAGGUCAGAUCAAGAAACAGUGAAAUUUCAGAGAUCACUUAUGAGGAACCUGCUGAGAUUGAACUUUUAAGGAAUAAUCCAAGUAAAGAUUUGGCCUCCAUCUCACACCUAAAUGAGGAUAGAAUUGAGGAGCCUGAAGUUGUCACUGAGUCAAGUGCAACUAGAGGUAUGGUACAACAGAUUCCAGGAAACCAGCUCUCAUCGCCUUCAUCUCAUCUUUCUUCCUUUGCAUCAAGCUCAGCGCCAUUUGCAUCCUCCUCUUGGGACACCUCAACAAGUGAGCAUCCAGUGCCUAAUGAAGAGGCGGCAGCUUUGACAGUUCCUCGGUCCAACGAGAAAUGCGACAACACUCCCAUGCCGGUAAAAGAUGGCCUGAUAUCUGAAGAUGAUGCACCGGUACAUCUGCAUCAGACGCCCCUGCAGGCGACAGCGAUGGCAGCCACAUGACUGACCUGUAAUCAUACAAGAAACCAACUGAAGACUCAUAUGUGGACUGAAUGAAAUUAUGAAAGUUAUUGGAAUAAAUUGUUGCUCUGUAUGUGAGAGCAAGCUUCAGUCCGUUAGCCUGGUUCCUUUUAGUAGUGUUCUACUAUUGGGAGAUUUUCAUCAACAUUUUACAUGAAACGUGAUGUAAUGAACCUCUGUUAAUUGUUAAUUGUCAGAGCUCUAGUUUUUUGUGGUAUAAA